CUAAGAAGAAAUGGCGGCGACCGCUGUUGCUUUGUCGUUCUAUCGGAAAACAUUGAAUUUUCACAAGAAUCAAGUUAAGCUUUAUGGUGUUCAGUUGAAAACGGCGAAGUUGAUACAGAAUCGAACAUUAUUUAUGGUCUAUUUCCCGGAAAGUUAUUGUUAACUUCGCGGCUACAUAGUGGAACGAGUUUUUCUUUGAGGCGUAACCAUGUUUGACCCGAUCUUUCGCAUAGAGUUUUCGACCCAAAAGUUUUUCCAAUCUAGAGACUUUUCUUGCUCAUCCCCAGUUCGCAGGAAUCACCUCAUAUGAAGUAGUCCUCAGUAGAAGUUUAUGUUACAUAAUGAAAGGUACCAAACAGUAUUGACUUUGUGCUUCGCUCCUAGAAAUUAAUAAGUAUUGUUCCAAAUGUCUGUGAUUCGGUAUUAAAUUUAAAAGUUGUGUGUAUGUUUUCAAGUGGUCUUCACGAUAAGGUCUUGAAUUAUUAUCAUAAGUGACUUCUUAGCGUCGGAAGGGAUUAUAUAAGAAGAGUGUCCUUUCCGCUUAACCCGGAGCUCUUAAGUGUUCUUUGCAACGGGGGAGGCGAGUGGUGAGAUAUCGGAAUUUCCCAUGAUGGGUAUCAUCUAAAUAAUAGCGUUGUGGAGAAAACACCAGGACGGAAGAAAAGCACUUAACAGUCAUUUUGCAGUGAUAAAAGAGUGUGGCUCAAAGUGACGAGUGUUCGCCCAGCUACUCUCCGCUCGGCUACCUACACACCCAGCUUUGUGUAAGUUGGUUAGUAAUUGGGCCGAUGAGGGAUAAGCUACUAUGGAGUAAACUCGCAUCGACACAGAAACGUCGACUAGAUCCGCUUGCAACGCAAUCUAGACUGGUUUCUAGUAUUCCGCUCGCUACUAGUUCGGGGAUGAUAAAUCCGUAAAGUUCCAGUGUGGUCCGAUGACGUCACUUUAUCAUUGAAGUCACUCUACAACAACAUGGGGAUGGCCGCCAUUGCCAAGGCCACCUUUUACACAAUAUCCGUUGCGAAGGGUGCUUCCAGCAGCUCGUUAACAACCAUUUGACUCAGAAUCCAUCACAACAAAUCUAAUCGGAAGCUCGAUAAGAUGGCUCCCAACGCUGACAUUUCCAAUAACGCAGAAUCCGAGUCGGAUUUAACUACGCCGGCCUUAAUUCAAGAAUUAAAUCUUUCACGCCGAGCCUGCUGGCUUAACGAUGAAAUCAAUAGAGAAUUUAUGGAUCGCCUAUCAGGAAAUGCUAACAAGUUGACAACGUAUCCUAGUUCGUCAAAACCCAGUGGUGCUAAUGUAGUAAAUUUGAAUAAAAAGCAGAUUUAUGAUUCUGUUAUAACAAAGAAGUAUAAUACCAAUAGUGAUAGUACUUGGACGGCAGCAGACCCUUCAAUAAUUUCAAAUAAUAACAAGAAUACAACUAAUAAUAAUGCUAAUAUUGAUAAGGCUAAUUAUUGUGAUUUAAUAGAAAUUGUACAUAGAUGUCAAUUGCAUCAAGUAUUAUGCUUGUGUCUUAGAAUAGUCGAAUGGAUUAUCGUUUCGUGUUACCGAAACAUUAAGUGUAGUAAGCGAAAAAAUCAGCCGAAGUUGGGUAUUGGUUUUGAUGCUGCCAAAAUUUCUACGCUUUUAAUUGGUUGCCUUUUAUUGUGCGCAAAUAAUACGAUGGCCCGUCCAAAUCAAUCAUUAAAGUUGACGAGUGAGGCUGAAGUUUCUGAAAGUUCACAUCACAUCUUAACACCCGAUCUAGCUGCAACGUAUCCUGGCCUAGAUUUUAUCGGAUCUCAAAACAAACGUGCGGCUGAGCUGUUUCAAACUUCUACUUCAGAGAUAACACAUCAGGCAAUAGAAACUGAGCAGCAUGUCGAACGAUAUCCAGUUGCUCAGGUGGAAUUUCAACGAGUCAAAACACCAUUUAUCAUCGGACUAUGGAUAUUGUCAGCCAGUAUCGCUAAAAUCGGUUUUCAUAUGACACCGAAAUUACACAGAAUCUUCCCAGAGUCAUGCCUUUUAAUCGUAGUUGGUGCAAUAAUUGGAGUCGUAUUAUAUUUUGCAUCGGAUGUUGAAGUAUCACCUCUGACACCGAAUACGUUUUUCUUUUACAUGCUACCUCCGAUAAUAUUAGAUGCCGGCUAUUUUAUGCCCAACCGUUUAUUUUUCGAUAAUUUAGGAACAAUUCUUUUGAUGGCUGUGGUCGGCACAAUAUUUAAUAUUGCAACAAUUGGUGCCUCACUAUGGGCAUGUGGCCUUACUGGAUUAUUUACAGUGGAAAUACCACUGUUAGAUUCGUUCCUUUUCUCAUCGCUAAUAUCGGCAGUCGAUCCUGUUGCUGUUUUGGCUGUUUUUGAAGAAAUUCAUGUUGAUGAGGUGUUAUAUAUAGUCGUCUUCGGCGAAUCGUUACUUAAUGAUGCUGUUACUGUGGUCCUUUAUCACAUGAUGGAGUCCUAUAAUGGAAUUGGAAUACAAAAUAUUAACGUAGCAGAUUUGGCUAGUGGCGUCGCAUCGUUUUUUGUGGUCGCUAUAGGAGGAACUAUUAUUGGUGUAAUUUGGGGAUUUUUGACUGGCCUGGUUACAAGGUUCACCGACCAUGUACGAGUUAUCGAGCCUAUCUUCAUUUUCGUGAUGGCAUAUUUAGCCUACUUGAACGCGGAAAUUUUCCAUAUGAGUGGGAUUUUGGCUAUAACAUUCUGCGGUAUAACCAUGAAAAAUUACGUGGAAUCUAAUAUUUCUCAAAAGUCACAUACAACUGUAAAAUAUGCCCUAAAAAUGCUGUCGAGCUCGUCAGAAACUAUCAUCUUCAUGUUCCUGGGGGUUGCAACUAUAAAUAAUCGCCAUGUUUGGAAUACAUGGUUCGUUCUUUUAACGAUAAUAUUCUGUUCAGUGUUUCGUGUUUUCGGUGUAGUUCUAUUGAGUGCAUUAGCAAAUCGUUUUAGAUUACAUAAAUUAUCAAAGGUAGAUCAGUUUGUUAUGUCGUACGGAGGGCUACGAGGUGCCGUUGCAUUUGCCUUGGCCUUAUUAGUCGAUGAAGCACACGUCCCACUGCAACCCAUGUUCGUAACAACAACGAUAGCUGUAAUUUAUUUUACAGUAUUUGUUCAGGGUAUAACUAUAAAACCGUUAGUUAAAUUGUUAAAUGUUAAACGAGCAUCGAAGAGGAAACCAACCAUGAAUGAAAGAAUACAUGAAAGGUUUAUGGAUCAUCUUAUGGCUGGCAUUGAGGAUAUCAUUGGGAAAACUGGCAAUUUUAAUAUGCGCGAUAAGUUCAAGCGUUUUGAUAACAGAUUUAUACGUCCACUUCUGCUGCGAGAUGCUAAAGGCGCUGAACCCAAAAUCAUCGAGACAUACUCUAAAUUGACAAUGAAGGAUGCCAUGGAAGUAUUGCGCCGAAAUCCAUCUACUAUUGGGCAAAUGUCCGGAACAGAAUCAAUGAGUGCUUUGUUUAGGAAUUAUACUUCAACAUAUUUAGGUGGAAGGUGCGGAACAACAUUUUUCAACACAUGCCCAAGCUUUACAAAUCUGGAAACGUGUUCACGUAACCUGGAUAUGCACGAAUUGGACUACAAUCCCUCCAAAAAGGACCUCACUGAUGCAAAAAUUCAUCACUUAUUGGCAGAAGAACUGAAACCGUACAGACGGGCAUCAAUGCAAAUGCACCGGCGUCUUAGUUAUAGUCGGCACGCUGUAGACGAUAGAGAUCUAUCGACUCAGGUGAAUUAUAAAAUGCAUAUGAACAUCAGGAGAAUGGUUAAUGACCGCAAGCACCACAAACGCAGCAAGCGUAGUUCAAAUAAGCAGGAGGGACUUAAACAAAAUCAUGUAUCCUUUAAUGAUUUCCAACAACAAAAGGAAUCACCGAAAAUAACGCAUGGUACGAAAAAGACUCAUCUUCAUUAUCGAAAACUAAUCAAGAACCAUUCUCACAACUCUCUUAACAAAUAUCGUAGAUUAGAAAUAGGCACGGACGAUUGGGAUGAAGAUGGCCUAACGUUCACGGCCAAAUCGACUCCUGACUCGGAUCGAGCCAACAAUAACUCACUAAUAGCCCACAUCGCUAGCCUUCCUGGUUUUGAUUCAUCAAAAGCUAGAAUUGUUCAACAUUAUUCAUCCCAGGGUAGUAGUCCAGAAAAGCUACUCUCGCCAGACAUUGGGCCAACGGCCGCUGAAUUGAUACUUCCCUGGCGCCGGGAUCGGUCCUACCAAAGUUUUGCAGGCGAAACACCAAUGAUACCAGAAGAGGAACGAACUCCACACCGUGAUUCGGAAUGCGAACAUCGCGUUGCUACACCAACAGCUAUCGAAUCACAGCUUCCAUGGAAAAGAAAUGAUGGUGAAAAUGAGGAUGGAGGGCCAUUAAAACAAAACGAGUUUCCAGCUUGGGCAUCCAACAAGGAGUAUUUAGCGUACAACUCACCCAGCGCUACAUUCUUAGGUGGCUUAUCGAAACCUAAACAGGCUAAGUCUGUAAUAGGGUUAUUCCGUCGUGAGAGUUCGGGAUCAGGAUCAGGACCCAUAAUCGGCACGGGCCUGGCGGAGGCAGGUGGACAAGAUGUACAUAAUCGGCAGCAGACCAAUAUCGAUUUACCGACUAGGAGGAAUACGAAAAAAGGAUCACUACUCGAGCUAAGUGGAAAAGUUAUACCGGAAGAGAGUAAUCACUCCAAAUCCUUCUCAGAAGCUGAUGACUGGAUUCACCGAACUUUAAAUCACAGAGAGUGCAGCAGCGACACCGAGAAUGAAAAGGAGUUGGUAUCCGAUUCUGGCGAAAAGGUCGGACGUGAACCUUUACUUCCUAAGCCCAUACCAUCCCCUAAAGUACCCAAUAGGCAGUUGAAUCAGAACCCACUCACUACUGCGCUUUUAACAUCCCCGAAUGCCAUCCCAAACUCCGAUGAUGAGGACGACGAUGACGAGGAAGAGGAUUUCGACGUAUACGAUGAUGAUCAUAUUGUCAAUGCAAGUGUAUCGAAUCGCAGACGAAAAGAUUCAGGCAAUCAACGUACCUGAGAUCGGUGGGAUCAACUGACGUCGCUAUCCUUAGACAACUGGUUAAAGUUCAAACUUUUCCCGAAUAGAAGCCGAAGCAGCAGUGACGAACAAAUAAUUGAGUGAACUUUUUGUAAUGAAUGGUGCGAAUGUAUGAAAGAUUUGAGCGUGCGUUAGUAUUAGAAGAAAAAGUUGAUGAACGUGUUUGAUACAGGAUAACAUCUAAAUGAAAGAAGAGAGAAAACUGUUUAACGAAACAAAUAUUAUUUUUCUAAAUUAAAAAAAAAUUAAACUAAAAUAGGCUGACAAAGGAAAAGAGUGCAUCUACCGAAUCUAGAAAAUUCAAAACUUCGCGAAUAACAUCGCAGUAGAACAAGUAUUAAUCUAAUUAGGUUAAAAGUGUGCUAACCAGCAUUGGUUUCUUUAAUUUUGUAAAAAGCAAAGGAUCUGCUAGUGGGUCUAAUCGACUUGCAUUUCUUUCAUUUUUGUUGGAAGGCAUUACAGCAUGGUUUUGCUUCUGAAGAUAAAUAAAUUAGGGCGAAAAUCGAUGAAUAGAACCAACUCAUUAUAGAGAAAUCGUCUUCUUCCUUUACUUCCGUAGGAUAUUAGGAAAUUUUCAAAAAAACAAAUGUAAAAAAAAAAACAAAUUAGUGAAAUUUUCGAGAGAAAAAAACACGAAAUAAUUAGUUUUUUUUGUUUUAUCAGAAAUUGAACCAUUAAUAAGCUCUUUAUUGCUAAUCUGUCACACAAUUAAAGAAAUGAGUAAAGUGGCUAAAUCUCAUCAAAUAUUAUUUUUUUAAAAGUUUACAGUGCUUGCAUUUCCCAUAUUCCAUUUGAUUACCAUUUGAUACUAAACUUGCAAUUUACCAAAAUACACAAAACAUUUGAGGCUUGGUAAUCAAUUAGUUAGAUUCAAAAAUACAUUUCAAUCUCAUUGAACAAUAAAGCAGUUAAGUUCAAAAUAAUGCAAUUACCCUUAAAUCAAAUUGCAGCUUUAAAUCAGAAAGUGAUUGUUUACUUAAUGUCUAUUCACGUCACACAACCGUGAUCGCAUACAUCAAAUUACUGCAAAUGAUCGUGAACAGACAUUAGGAUACUAGGAACGGAUUAGCAGAUGGAAGUAAACUUGUUUUAGUUUGUAAAAGUGAGCCAAAAAUUAACAAUAAACUAUGUUUAAUACGAUAGUAUUUAAUAUUAGGCCUAAAACUUAAAAGAAAAAUUGAUCAUAGUUGUUCAAGAAGAAAACAUUUUUGCACAUUGAUUUACGUUGCGAGUUUUUAACACUUUUUAAUAGAAAUAAAUUUCAAAUGAAAUAAAUGUUUUAUUUCACACACGAU